UAAUAACAAUUGCUUAAAAUGUAUACACUUAUAUCCGAUGACUGCGAAUUAUAAAAUGUAGGCACUCCAGCAGUAUCAGACAAAAACUGCAGACCGAAGUCGCCAUGUCACGUUGGCGUUUUAAGUUAGCAGGGUUAUUAUUAUAGGGAAACGCAGUGCGAGCUCGAUGACUCCUGCUUAUCUUGUUUGGGAUCCGUGUCUACUGAAUGCCACCGCUGAUUUUGUAAAAUCUAAGCCUUGCUCAUCAGAAAGAUGGACAGCUAUGGGUUCUCCAGCGAUAUGUUCAGCGGCAGAUCAGUUUUGGGUGAGGACAGUUCAGUCAUAGCCCGAAUGCAGAAGAAGUUCUGGAAGACCAAGCAGGUUCUGAUCAAGGCUACUGGGAAGAAGGAAGACGAGCAUGUGGUGGCAUCUGAUGCAGACCUUGAUGCCAAAUUAGAGUUUUUCCGUUCAGUCCAGAGCACUUGCACAGAACUCCUGAAAGUGAUUGAGAAAUACCAGCAAAGAAUCACACAUCUCUCUCAGGAGGAGAACGAGCUCGGGCUGUUUCUGCGCUUCCAGGCAGAGCAUGAUAAAACAAAAGCAGGGAGUAUGAUGGAUGCAACCAGUAAAGCUCUCUGCUGCUCCGCCAAACAAAGGUUGGCUUUGUGUACUCCCCUCCAUCGACUGGAACAGGAAGUGGAGACAUUUCGAAGAAGAGCCAUUGCUGACAGCCUCCUGACAGUGAGCCGGAUGGAGAAAGCUCGAACCGAAUACCGCGCUGCACUGCUCUGGAUGAAAGCCUCCUCACAGGAGCUGGACCCAGAUACUUACAAACAACUGGAGAAAUUUCGCAUGGUUCAGGCUCAGGUAAGAGAAACAAAAGUGUGUUUCGAUAAGCUCAAGAAUGACGUUUGUCAGAAAGUGGACAUGCUGGGAGCCAGUCGCUGCAACAUGCUGUCACAUUCCUUAUGCACUUACCAGACGACGCUCCUACAGUACUGGGAGAAGACUGCACAUGUGAUGUCUGGCAUCCAUGAGGCCUUCAAAGGAUAUGUACCCUACCAGUUCACUACCCUUAAAGAACUGAGAGACCCGCUGGACCAGAUUGCAUCCACACAGCCAGAAGAGGACAAAAAAGACGAAGAAAAGAAGAAUCAUCUAGACAAAUCAAGUCACUCCAGUCGAGAAGCCUCUUUGAAGGCUCUGGUUACUGAUCUUCUAGUUUCACUUGAGGAUGAACAGCUGGGUGAAUCAUCUGAUACCGUUUCUACUCUCGCAGUAGAUGGACAGAGUAGAGGAUCUGACAGCUCUUUGUGUGCCAGUUUGGACUCUGCAUUGAUUGAACAGUUAGGGCCCAUUGGUGGAUCCACCACAGACGAUGACCUCCUAUUAAUGACCCCUGAACUCGACUCCAUCCGUUCCCUCACUCCAGCCCUACAUUCAUCCAUGUCCAUUAUGCAGCCUCAAAUACUGCGGGAGGCCUCCACACCUCCUGCUACUCAGUGGGAUACAGGCGCCUUAUCCUGCAGUUUGCAACCUCAGAUAGCAGGCAGGGAUCUGCUGUCCGAGACAUUUCACUCUGCCGAAGGGAAAGAAGAGGAGGGAGAGCGAGGUGAUCUAGCUUUCCUGCAGGAUCUGCUGAGUCCCGGGGCUGCCGGUGGCACUAGUGAAUUCAGCAAGGCCUGGCAGGACGCUUUCGGAUGUUUUGAAGCCCCUCCUGCUCCAGUCACUGCUGCUUUAUCUCAAACAGAAACAACAAACAUUCCCUCUGGCUUCCUGCCAUCACAGCUCCUGGACCACAGCCUCAGCGCUACAGGAUGGGCGACUCCACCUAUGUUUCAGGCUCAACCGCUCCAACCACCAUCUACUGGAGGACAAUCUCAGCCUACACUGAACACUACAAACCCUUCGGCAAAUGCACCUAAAGGCAGUUCCCGGGACAUGUCUGCCUGGUUCAACCUCUUUGCAGAUCUUGACCCUCUGUCCAAUCCAGAUGCUAUAGGACGCAGCGAUCAAGAGUUCCUCAAUGCCUGAGGUGUUUUUGAUGAUAUGGAGCUGAAUAACAUCCUACAAAUAGUUUGUCCAUCAGAAUGACGGAAUGGAGGGCAUAUCCCAAGUCUUUAUUGGGAGCUGGAACACUACAGUACCUCUCCUCAAAACCAUUCAACCUGAGCCAAGGAAUUUUCCAGAAACCUCAAUCCAAAUCCACCACGGGAAGGUUUCUGAGCUAUGGAAAUGUGUCUCCUUCCUGCUUUCUUCAUGUGUGAGUGUGUGUGAAUUUACUAUAUGCUCAUUAAGACACAGAAGGGUUUUCAUCUCUAUAUCACAGCAGUGUUGUUACAUGAAACUAAAGUAUGUUACUUUAUGAAGUGCACGCAAUUAAAGCACCACAAAGGUUGGGUUUUUGCCCAUUACUUAAGACGAGGGACCAAAAAAAGAUGUAUAUUUGGAUUGAUUUGAUAGUUUUAAUGUCCAGAAACAGGGUUACUUAUUUGUAACGUCUAUUAUCGAUUAUAGACUGUAUUUUUAAUCACCACAAACACCAAAUGCAUAUGCAUAAAUCACUAAAACAUAUUUUUGGAAGUCACAAUCACUGGAAUAGUUUAUCCCCUAAUUAUACAACAAUGAAAUGUAUUUAUUACAAUAAAAAGUGUUACUGUAAACUAUAUAUGCAAGUGUUGUGCCAUUUGUUCGAUGGGAAUGAGAAGGUCUCGUUUCAGUGGAGCAAAUAAUAGAUGAGGAAUUCUUGUUUUCACUGAUAAGAAUCGUGGAAAAAAUCUAACUUCUCACAAAUGUUCUUCACUGUGAUUCAAAACACUGCAAUGGGAGUUUGUGAAUGUAUGUGAUAUUUUGUCACCUUCAGCACCAGAUUAUGUACCUGUUUUACUUUAGCAAUCUAGAAAACAUUUCAUUUAAUCCUAGAUUUUCACUCAUAAGGAGUGCAUUAAUCAAAUAUCCGUUUGUUGUCGCUUUAAAGAAAUCGUUAAUACUUUACAAUGAGGCCUCAUUUGUUAACAUUAGCUCACUGAGUUAGCUUGGAUUGAUUAUAAAAAAUUUUACAGCAUUUUUACUAACUUAUGCUGAUGUCAAAUGAAUUAACUACAGUUAAAAUUAGUCUUUCAACCUUAUUUUAGUAAGUGCUGCAGUUAUUAUUAAUAAAUGCUGUUGAAAACUGCUUAUUGUUAGUUCUUGUUACUUUUGUCAGUACAUGAAACUUUAUUGUAAAGUGUCACCGAGGAAUCAAGUUGUUUCUUGCACUAAAUAUUCUUGUCGAUUGUUCUAGAAUGUAUGUGGUCUGUUUUAGGCAAAGACUUGUUUGUCGAUCUGAAUGGUUUGUUUAGGUGGAGAAUUUCUCACAAAAUAGCUCCCUAUUUCAUGGAGCACAUCUUUUUUUUUUGUCUUUGAGUGCAGUUUAUCAUUUUGAAGUGUCUGUAUUAGAGACCUGUGUUUGGAGAUAAUGUUAUCUUGUAUCACUGUCUUUUUUGGUAAGGAAAAAGAAUGUACACCACACCAUUUUGCUGCUUUCAUCUGUUUAUUUUAUGCAACAUUGCCUUUUGUUUCAGUUAAAUAAUGUACAAUUUCAUUGAAGGAAACUGGAAUGGGAGACCGUGCAUCUGAGAGCAAAUAAAUUUGAGUCAAAUUCUGUU